AUCACAACUAUGACUCUUUGGCCCCGCCCCUACGGACGCAUGCUUGGAAGACAUGCGCUUUGCGGCAAAGUCCUCCUUUUCUCCACACACGCUUCUAAGCCUCGGCACAUCUCCUCACAUCGCUACUAACUACACUUUAUUCAUCCUCCGUGUCAGGAUAAACUCCACUCGUCUCAGCCACAUUUGGAGAUUAUUAGGCCCGCUUAGCUUGAUAGUUGUUUGAGCGCGCUAGUUAGCUUAGCAUGCUAGUUAGCUUAGCUUGUUCGCCGCUAACAAAGAGACGCGGAUUUGAUCAACACAUCGCUUAGUUAAGAUCAAGUGUGAGUGUAAAGUGUUGUGAUUGUGUGAAAAUGUGCGAAAGAACGAUAGAAAAGUAUGAGGAGGAACUUUGUUGUGUGAAAAUGUGCGAAAGAACGAUAGCAGAGUACAAAGAGGAACUUUCUCAUACAAAAGAAGAGAACGAGAGACUACGUCAACUAUUGGAGGCUGUUUUCAAGAAACCUCAAGUUGUGUUACACAGAACAGACAUCGAUGAAGAACAUCUUCCUCAUGAGCAGGAGGAGGAACCACAGUACCCCCACAUACACGAGGAAGAAGAGGUACCACAUUCCCAACACAUCAAAGAGGCAGGAGAGGAGCCAAAGCCCCCCUACAUUAAAGAGGAAGACGAGACGCCACAGACCCAUAAUGUUAAACUGACCCUUCACAUUGAAGGGCUAGCGGAGGACCCACUGAUCUUACACAUCAAAAAUGCAGAGGAGGACCCACUGACCCCUCACUUUAAGGAGCAAGAGAACCCACUGAACCCUCACAUUAAAGAGGAAGAAGAGGACCAAGAGGCGCCGCACAUUAAAGAGGAAGAGGAGGAAGAGGGCAUCAGUCAGCCUAAAUGGUUGGAGGAGUUCCCAGUGACUGGUGUCCCUGUGAAGAGUGAAGAUGAUGAGGUGAAAGGUGAAAGUGAGGAGAGGGGAGGGGGGGAGCCUCCAAGCAGCAGCUCAACACAACACAUGACAACAGAAGCUGAUGGAGACCACUGUGGAGGAUCACAAGCAGACAAGCUCUUAGCUCCACUAUCAGAUAGUGAGGACACAACGUCACACUCUCCUGACACUGAUGAUGAAGACUCUAAAGAUGAUAAGACAUGUCACACUGACAACACUCACUUCACAUCUUCUCACUCUCACAAAACUUUUAAAUACCAUAGUCUUCUGAAAACACACAUGAGAACACACACUGGAGAAAAACCUUUUUCUUGUUCACUCUGUGGUAAAGGUUUUGCACAAAGUCACCAUUUGAAAAGACACAUGAGAACACACACUGGUGAAAAAACGUUUUCCUGUUCAACCUGUGGUAAAGGUUUUACACAAAGUCAGGAUGUGAAAAGACACAAGAGAACACACACUGGUGAAAAACCUUUUUCCUGUUCAACCUGUGGUAAAGGUUUUACACAAAGUCAGAGUUUGAAAGUACACAAGAGAACACACACUGGUGAAAAACCUUUUCCCUGUUCUACCUGUGGUAAAGGUUUUACACAAAGUCAACAUUUGAAAGUACACAUGAGAAGACACGCUAGUGAAAAACCUUUUUCUUGUUCAAUCUGUGGUAAAGGUUUUACAAGAAGUCAACAUUUGAAAGUACACAUGAGAACACACACUGAUGAAAAAUCUUUUUCUUGUUCAAUCUGUGGUAAAGGUUUUACACAAAGUCAACAUUUGAAAAGACACACUAGAACACACACUGGAGAAAAAUCACAUUCCUGUUCAAUCUGCAACAGAAGCUUUUGUGAAAGAUCAAGCCUUGUAAGACACAUGAGAAGACACCCAGGAGAGAAAGUGUUGAGUUGCAGUGCGUGUGGUGAAAGAUUGUCUUCUAAGUACCAGUGUAAGAAACACAAGUGUGCUGGUGAGAACAGCAGCAGCAAAUGAAACUGCAGGAUUUGAAAUAAACUGUCCAGACUUUCAUUUUGACUUUCUAACAACAUCAGCACAUAUAACAUGUGUGACAUUGUUGUUUGUCUAACACAAUCUUGUCAACAUGCUUCUACAUUUAUAGAUUAAGAUAGUUUGAAAUAUGAAAGUAUUACAUAUUUGUAUUUGUAAUUGUUAAUAAUCCCAUAGAUCUGGCCUGGCCAACCCGCGGCUCGCGAGCCUCAUGCGGCUCUUUAACUAGUUUCAUGCGGCUCUUCAGGAGCUGUCACAUGACAUGCGUCAAAAAUGCUUGGCUGGCGCUGUCAUUCACUCCCCCUACAGCUAGAUGGCACACUGACCAUUAAGCCUGUUUGAGUGACGUCAAACGAGAAAAGAGACAGAUAUACAACACUGGUUGCAAACAUGCACAAAAGGUUUGUGACCCGGUUCUGUGAUCUACAACUGAAAAGACCACAGAUUACGAUCCUCGUCGACCCAUUUAAUUCGGAGACAGACUGUUUGAAAGCCCUGCUCGUCACAGAUGAGGCUGCGGCUGAGUUGGAGAUGAUCGACCUUUGUGAGGAGGAUCAACUGAAAGCUGUUUUAAGGGAAGGGACCAUUGAGUUCUGGAAAAGUGUGCCAAUUGAAAAAUACCCCAACAUCAAACGAGCUGCGCUUAAGAUACUGUCCAUGUUUGGGUCAGCGUACGUCUGCGAGUCUGUGUUUUCUACCCUGAAACAUGUGAAAUCAAAGCAUUGAUCUGUUCUGACUUACACUCAUUUGAAAGAAUUGCUUAGAGUGGCAACAACAGAAUACAAGCCAGAUUUGAAGAGGAUUGUUCAAGAUAAGGAAUGCCAGAAGUCUCACUAAGCAGCAUAGUAAGAGAAAGAUGUUAUUGAAAAUUAUUCUAUUAUUGUUUAUGGACUUGCUUGAACUGAGAGUUUGUGUGUGUGAGACAGUGCAAACAAUGUUAACUGUUGAAAAUUACUGAUAUCAUGUUGGUGUGGUUAUUUUCAUUAGAUCUGGCUGAGCAGAGGUCUGUGUAUGCUUGCAUACAUUAUUAAAAGAUGAUUUUCAUGUGUACCCAUGUGUAUGAUGUGGCUCUUAGCAGUAACACAGAAAAAAAAGUGGCUCUUAGUCUCUGACUAGUUGGCCACCCCUGCCAUAGAUUAUCACCUUUAUAUGAUAUACAUAUGUACUGGUUCACAUCUGAAACAUCUUCUGGACCACUUCAGGAAGCAUAUUAUUAUUUACUUUAUACAUCAUUUAAACAGUUGUCUUUUAUACAAUUUUAAAAUGUGUGAUUUUAUGAAUCAUUUGUUGGGUCUCUUUAAUUAUUGUUAUUACUCUGUAUUAUGAUGAUUGUGUUGUGAUUGUUAUAUAUGUAUGUCCCCAGACCUUUACGUAAUCUAAACGUGAGAGAAAAAGGCAGAUUAUUUUUGUGAAGGGAUGGUUUUGUUUUUACAAACUUACAUUUGUCGAUAUAUUAAAUAAAUCCAGUAUUGUGUUUGAAACAUUUUUUUUAUGUUUUUUUUUUUCUUUUUUAACAUGCCCACAACAACAUCAAUAUCAGUCAAAGUUUGGAGUGUCAGACAAAAGCCAAUAUUGUACAUCAUCCCACAGAGAUUUACUUUGCAUACAUUCUUAAAAUAAACUGUUUAUUGUGUUUCCCAAUCACAGAUCGAACAAGUGUUGUCUGCAAUUGCAAAACAACAUCCAAAAUAUGACUUUAAGUGGUCAAUUCCGACUUUUUUUCUUUCAUUAACUCUUUUGCCUUAGAAAGAAUGGAAACUUUUAAGUUAUGAGUAUUUUUCUUGUUCCAGGUUGUACUUCAUGAAAUAAUCAAAUAAUAAAAAUGUUAUCAGUCAAUAAGUGCAUCAGUGACCAAAUGCCUUUUUCAAACCAUUGCUGUUCAAAGAUGGAUUUGUUUCUCAUUUUAAUAUAAGAACAAUUCCAUAGUGGAGUA